AGGGUUGGCCCGGCUCGAAAAGGCGUGACACUGCCCUCUCGUCACCGGGGGUGGGGUUACGUGUGGGUGACGUGGCGGCUUCUAGUCUUUGGUCGGGUUUCGGCGGACUCCGCGCCUGAAGAGGAGGCGGUGACGACCCGGGAGGUUGCGGCAGCGGUGGCGGCGGCAGGCGGCAGAGAGGAGUCCGAGGUUAUGCGUCUCAAUGAUCCCGCGGAAACGCUACGGGUCUAAGAACACGGAUCAGGGUGUCUACCUGGGUCUCUCAAAGACACAGGUCCUGUCCCCUGCAACUACUGGCAGCAGCAGCGACAUCGCCCCUCUGCCCCCCCCAGUGGCCCUGGUCCCUCCCCCUCCCGACACCAUGUCCUGCCGGGAUCGGACCCAGGAGUUCCUGUCUGCCUGCAAGUCUCUGCAGAGCCGUCAGAAUGGAAUACAAGCAAACAAACCGGCUCUGCGUGCUGUCCGGCAACGUAGUGAAUUCACCCUCAUGGCCAAGCGCAUUGGGAAAGACCUCAGCAACACAUUUGCCAAGCUGGAGAAGCUGACGAUCUUGGCAAAGCGCAAAUCCCUCUUUGAUGAUAAAGCAGUAGAAAUCGAGGAGCUGACUUACAUCAUCAAACAGGACAUCAAUAGCCUCAACAAACAAAUUGCCCAGCUUCAGGAUUUCGUGAGGGCCAAAGGCAGCCAGAGCGGCCGGCACCUGCAAACCCAUUCCAAUACCAUCGUGGUCUCUCUGCAGUCGAAACUGGCUUCCAUGUCCAAUGACUUCAAAUCAGUUCUAGAAGUGAGGACAGAGAACCUGAAACAGCAGAGGAGCCGGCAGGAGCAGUUCUCCCGGACACCCGUGUCAGCCCUGCCCCUUGCCCCCAACCACCUGGGGGGCGGUGCUGUGGUUUUGGGGGCGGAGCCCCGUGCCUCGGGGGACGUCGCCAUCGAUAUGGUGGACUCUCGGACCAGUCAGCAGCUCCAGCUCAUUGACGAGCAGGAUACCUACAUUCAGAGCCGGGCCGACACCAUGCAGAACAUCGAGUCCACGAUUGUCGAGCUGGGCUCCAUCUUUCAGCAGUUGGCACACAUGGUUAAGGAGCAAGAAGAAACCAUUCAGAGGAUCGAUGAGAACGUGUCAGGAGCCCAGCUGGAUGUUGAGGCCGCCCAUUCAGAGAUUCUCAAGUACUUCCAGUCAGUUACUUCCAACCGGUGGCUCAUGGUCAAAAUCUUCCUCAUCCUCAUUGUUUUCUUCAUCAUCUUUGUGGUCUUCCUUGCCUGAACCCUCUCCAACUCUGAGGCACUCUGUGGGGGUUUGGAACUCACUUGGGAGGGCAGGUGGCCAGCGCUGCCACUGAGCCUGUGCAGGGUACUUGGAAGAAAAAGCCCUGUGUUCCUGGAACUGCUAAGAAUGGCCACUGCCCCCGAUCCCCCACUCCUUGCCUCUGGCCAUCCUGUCCUCCCCUCACCACCCUCAGGCCCACGAAACACGUGGUUCUGGAUUUGGACUCUGCUGUGAAGUGGCUGGAAGGGAGCAGAGGCCAAUUGGGGGACCGGUGGGGGAGGCUGUCUUCACCAGGAGAUUUUUAUAAACCCUCCCCAGCCUCUCUCAGAGGAAACUUUGGCAGUAAGGGGACAUGAUGGAUGCCCUUCCCCACAUCCUGAGAGUGAGAUGAGGAAGUGAAACUGCCCCUGGGACCAACUUUCUCAUCUGGGUUAGAAUUUGACCUCUUCUUCCUUUCUUCACCAUGUGAGGCGGGGGGCCCUGAGCCCCUUGGCUGCCUGCACAACCCCAACUUUGGCUGCUGGUGACUCUCAAUCUGCCAAAUCUGCUGCAGCCAUUUCUCCCAAUUACAGCAAGACUGUCAGCCUCA